AUGGCGAGCGCAAUCCAACGGCUUCUUCCGGGCUCCUCCAGCGGCCGGCCCGGCGAACUCGCCCGCAUUUGUGAGCACGUUCGUCGCUCCACUGAACACAUUGAGAUUGUGCCGCAGGAGACCUGCAUUCAACAUAGCGGUAGGCUUUACUUCCAGAAGGAGAAGCUGAAAAUUCAAAUUCUGUGUUCGUAGCAUAUAAAAAACUGAAGUGAAGCGGUCCUGGGAUUUUUUUGCUUGAAUUAUUCAAAAACUCGAGUUAUAAGCUAGUGCGAGGCUGAACCUUCUGAAAGAAACUUCUGACCUAUAUCAAUCGAAAGCUGACAUCAAGACGAAUCGAAUGAUAUAAUCAGAUAAACUGUAGCUGCUCUAAGAGCCGAGUUAUAAGCCUCUGAAGUUCACCAUUAAAAUUUCAAUAGGCGUCAGAUAAAAUGCAUUUGGUGCACAGCACCACGGUGUAAUUUUCUCGCGAAAAAGAAAAAGCUCAAAUUUUUUUUCGGGUUUUCGGGAAUUUUUCCACAUCAAUCGAUAGAGGAGCCUAUUUAUAGCACGUUUAUCAUAUCACAUUCAAGGGAAAAACUCAAAAAGUGAGCAAAAAAUGGGCCCAAAAAGUUGUAAUUUCUAGACUUUGAAGCUUCAUAUCUCCGUUCAUUUUGAAGUUACAAAGGAACUGAUAACAUCUAUCGACUCGUCUUCAUGUCAGCUUUUCGAUCAUUGUUUGAGCUUCAUCCUGAAGCUUAGUAUUCCAAAUUUUGAAAAUUCAUAACUUUAUUCCUCGAAGGUUAGGGACUUUGAGACGUAGUUUUUUUUGCUCCUUUUGAUCACAUUUAUUGAUUGGUACAAAAUUUGACCCGUUUCAAAAUUUGACCUCAAAGUUUGAUCGCCUAUAACUCAGCUCCUAGUUGACCUACAGAGGUCAAACCUGGCCUCCGGUUAUUUUUUCGUCGAGAUCUAUCGAUUGAUAUAGGUUUCGUCUGGAUCGGCUUUCAUGACUUCAGAAGCUCAAAAAAAUCCUAAGGGGUACUUUUUUCUGUACUUUUUUCGAUUUUUUUCGAAAACCAAAGUUUCCGAGAUUUUUACAUCAAUCGAUAGGGAAUGACGUCAGAAGUCCAAAAAUCUAGGUUAAAAAGUUCUAAGGCUUCUAGAAUGAAAGUUAUGAUCUUCCAAAGUUAGUCAUUUCUGAAAAAAGUGAUUGAAACUCUUGAAAACUCAAAUAAUUAUAUAGCUGACAUCAAGACAAAUCGACUGAUUCACUUAGUUUCUCUGUAAGGUUAAAAUGAACCGAGAUAUGAAGCUUCAGACUCUGACAAAAAAGACUUUUUGGGCCCAUUUUUGCUCACUAUUUGAGCUAUUCCUUUGGAAGUAAUAUGAAGAAUGCACUAUUUAAAGGCUGCUCUAUCGAUCAAUGUGGAAAAAACCCCGAAAACGCGAAGAAAAAUUUUAAGGUUUUCUUUUUUUGAAAGAAAAUUGCACCAUGGUGCAGCGCGCCAAAUGCAUUUUAUCUGACGCCUAUUGAAAUUUUAAUGGCGAACUUCAGAGGCUUAUAACUCGGCUCCCAGAGCAGCUGCAGCUUAGCUGAUUACAUCAUUCGAUUCGUCUUGAUGUCAGCUUUUGAAUGAUAUAGAUUACCAGUUGAUUGAACUUCUUUACCAAGUUUCGUCAUUUUCGAAAAAAAUUCUAGCCAGGAAGUCUUUUCUUCGACAGUAAACACAAUUUUCUUUCAUAAAUCAUUUAAAAGUUCAACCUCUCAAAUUUUUGAAGAUGCUCAUUUGUAGCGAAAAGGCAACUGAUGCACAGAAAGAUGGGCGGGGCUUGUCGAUUUACGAGGAGUAUCGUUUUUUUUUCGUUAAUAAAAUUGCUGUUUCAGGGCCGGAUACGUUCGUAGAAUGCGUCACGAUCACGACUUUCCGUCCAACAACUCCACGACGAUGCAGCGAGCCGCCCCGAACACUGGGAGAGCUCAAAAAAUGA